GGGUUAGAGAAGACAGAAGAAAGAAAGAAAGAAAGAAAGAAAGAAACGGAACAGAGAGAGAGGAGAGGGAAAGAAAGAAAGAAAGAGAAGGAAAGAAGAAGAUGAGGUCAAAGGGAAAAGUAGCUGGAGAAGAGGAACCAGGGUCCUUUUUGCGAGUGUGUGAGAGUGAUUCAAGUCUAGAGUUUUUGUGUAUUGCGAGUUUAAGGAAGAUUUGAGGGUUGUGAUAUCUUUGUUUUGGGUUUUACCUUUAGUAGUACCAGAGGUUGAGUUUUUGUUGGUGAGUCUUUUGGCCUUUUUGGGUGUUGGUUCUGUUCAAGACUUGAGAUUUCUUGGUUGGCUCUGUUGACAGUUGACAAAAGUGGGCUCUUUCAAUAGCUUAAAGCAUGAACCUUGUUGCCGCACAUGGACAAAGCUUUAAAAAGCAAGGCUUGCAUACUUGGUGAUCAGAAUACCAGUGACGUAGUCAUCUGCUUGAAGGAUAGAGAAGGACGAUACCAACAGUUUUACUCCCACUCAUCUGUUCUCAUAAAAAGGAGCAAGUACUUUGCUAAACGGUUGUCUAAUCCAAACCCUAGUAAUUCCAUCUAUGUUCAUUGCUCUGAGGUCAACUUUGAUCACCACGUCAACCUGUUGAGGCUGCUCUAUCUUCCAACAGAGUUAAUUGUAGACGCAUUGGAUUCUGUUAAGUCGGCUGUUGGUAUUCUUCAGUCAGCAGUGAACUUCAAGUGCGACGAGAUUGUGUACUGCUGCAUCCAGUACUUGGAGGCUGUGCCUUGGGAGAACAAAGAAGAAGAACACAUAUUAAGAGCAGUAUCAAAGUUGGGUCCGGUAGCUAUGCCCAUAAUAGCUAGGAUCCAACCUGUUGAUUUAGCUGCCACCAAAACUGUUUUCAUCUCAGCAAUUCGUAUUGCGACAUCCAUUGUUGGCCCAUGUCCUCCAUUCGGCAAUGAGCUUAAAACUUCUGCUCAAGAGCAAGUCGAGUACAUGUUAGGAGAAGAUGAGGAUACACCAUUGGUCAAAGCUGACGAUGACGUCAGAUCUGUGGCAAGAUUGGGUCUGUCGCAUAUUUGUUCAACAUUUGAAAAAGAAUUGUCGUCCUUGCUUUUGGAGCCAGACCUUGCAUCUGAGACAGCAGAUGAGAAAAUAAUGCAUAGUUUAUCUGAUCUCGAGUGGAUGUGUAGCAUACUUGGCAAGAUGGAUUUGAUGAAAGAUUUUGUUUCCAACUGGGCCGAAAGCUCCAAUAAUGUUUUAGGAGUGAUGGAGGACAAGAAACUUGAUUCGUUUAUGUGGGGCUUGAAGAUUAAGCUCAUAGAAGUCACUGCUAAAGUCUUGGAAUCAGUUGGCUAUGGUAGCGUGAUUCUUCCGGCUCCAAUUCGCUUGACAUUACUGAAGUCAUGGCUCCCUUAUAUUAGGAAGAUGAAGCCGCUCUUGGAUGCAAAGAGCAGUGAGGACACUAGUUUUCCAUACAAGAUGAACGAAGACUUGUGCCAGACCAUUGAAGGAGCCAUUGUCACCUUAGUACUGGCGUUACCGUCAAAUGAUCAAGCCGACAUUCUAGCGGACUGGAUGAGAGCCGAGCAGGUCCGUUAUCCGGACUUGAGCGAGGCUUUCGAGGUCUGGUGUUUCAGAACAAAGUCUGCAAAGAGAAGAUUAGUUGAGGCAUUGGGUGGGACUGGUAAUGCCACACCUACCCUUUGAUAGUUUUUGCUCUCAUAUGUUGUAGAAUUGUUUAAUUGAAGGUCAUUAUCAAACUGGUAAUGAUUCCAUUGCAUUUUUGUAUCUUUAUCAAACUGGAAUUUCAUCUAUGUAUCUUUAUUUUAUUUUUUUGUAUAGAUGUAGGAGAUAUUUUCAUUUUAGCAUUAUAUGUAAUUGCAUCUUUAUAUAAACCUUCUAUUUGGAAAAGAAUAAUACAUCGAAGCAUACCAAACACCAAA